UAAUGCAAAUUCUGCAGCGUAAACAAUGAGCCAACCGAAUACUAGACAGGGAGUAUACAAAUAGGGGAUGAAAAUUAAAUUGGAAGAACACUUGAGAGAAAAGCUGGCGCCGGCGCAAAGUAAUUCCCUACUGCUCUCAAAUAGAUUAGGCCGACUCAGGGUGUGUACUACCGUUAUGUCGAUUCACCGUAACUUGUGUCAAAAGCUAAUUUUAAUUCAUUAUUAAACACAUCCUGGACAGUAAGCACAUGUCGUUUGAUAAGUGAUUGGUAAAGUUUAAUUGCCGAUUACAACGUCCGUGUAGUAUGUACAGAAUUCGCCCCAUCGUCCGAGCGCAAUCGAGGGCUAUCGCGGUGCUGGUGUAGCGUUUAGAUAUUGUGCUGCAUGUUACUAGACAAGUCGUGAAAAUGGUGCGAACUGAUACAAGAAGGAAAACCGCCAGCUCCAGGCUGCAUUUUCUUCUGUUUCUACUCCUGUUGCAAACUUUGCCCAUUUCCACCGAACAAGAGGAGGACAUACCUCAUCAAGAAGUAAAGAACUGGGCAAUUAGAUUCGGUUUCAACCUAUGGUCUUAUGGGAAACAAAUAACCCGAAUGACUGAACUUCAAAAGAGGUAUCAUCAGGAAAAAAUUGACGUCGUUAGGAAAGAUGGAUUAAUUAGAAUUAGGGAGUUUGCAGGGGAAGUAAAAAACAUGAUGGACAUUAAAAUGAGUGCAGUUAUGCGGAUUAUGGAUUCUGCAGAACAGGCAGCUUUAACUCCUCAAGCUGAUAGUGGUCAACCAAUUAAAUUUUAUGAUGCAAGAAAAAUAAAUAUAUUUGGGCCUGAUGGGCAGCCUGUUGAAAAUAGUAGAGGGCUUAUUUUGACGCCAAAUACACAUUUCGAUCAUUUACCUGUAAAUACUAGUUUAAGUUCAGUUUUGAUACCGACCCAUAUUGAUAUCAGCAACCUUGACGUGAUGCAAGCCAUACAAUGGUCUGAACAUUUGGAUCCUCUGUUUGUCAAUAAUUACGAGAGCGACCCAUCACUGUCCUGGCAAUUUUUCGGGAGUUCAGUAGGAUUCCUUAGAAGAUAUCCAGCCAUAUCAUGGCCUCCGGGAGACGCCUAUUCUUCCUGGCAAAGAUUACAAAAUGCAAAGUCUGUGUAUGACUUUAGAUCUUCGUCAUGGUACGUAAAUGCGGCCACUUCGCCCAAAGAUAUAGUUAUUUUGCUCGAUGUAUCCCCAUCAAUGACUUCAAGCGAUCUUUCUCUGGCCAAAAGUACUACUGAGGCAAUUCUAGAUACGUUAUCAAACAACGAUUUUGUUAAUGUACUCAAAUUUUCCGAUACAGUAGAGGAAAUAAUGCCUUGCUUUAGAAAUCUACUCGUACAGGCAAAUAAUGAAAACGUGCAAAAUCUAAAGGAUUCCUUAGGAAGUUUGAGUUUGGAAAGUGGAUCUAAUUUUACUUCGGCCCUAGUUGCAGGAUUCGAAAUCCUUCACAAGUAUAAUCGUACUGGUCAAGGAUGUCAAUGUAAUCAAGCCAUCAUGCUUAUAAGUAGCGCUCCACCCUCGAGUUAUAAAGAAAUAUUCAAAAUUUACAAUUGGCCGCACAGACCUGUUCGCGUAUUUACUUAUUUGGUAGGCAGUUCUGGUACUUCUUCUGAAAUGCAUUGGAUGGCAUGUGAAAAUAAGGGCUAUUACACAAGAAUCAAUAGGUACGACCAAAUAAAGCACAAGGUGCUUCAUUAUAUAGAAGUCAUGGCAAGACCAAUGGUCAUGUAUCAGAAUGACCAUCCCAUUCAAUGGUCAUCGGCGUAUCUUGGGGGAAAGAGGGACAGUCUCUCCAUUGACAAAAAGGAACAGCUAAUGACUACGGUCUCCAUACCAGUUUUUGAUCGACGAAAUCAUUCGUUUAACGAGAAGGAGGUACGCGUAGCAAAUUUACUGGGUGUUGUUGGUACCGAUGUAUCUGUCGAUCAGAUAAAAAAAUUAGUGCCUUCCUUUAAGUUAGGAGUUAAUGGCUACUCAUUUGUAGUAAACAAUAACGGCCAUAUACUGUACCACCCCGACCUGAGGCCAUUGAGUUACAACAACGAAAACUUCGAUGAAACGUUAAAACCAAGUUAUCUUUCGGUUGAUUUGAACGAAGUAGAACUAAUUGAUGGCGAAAAUGGUCCUAGGGAAAACCACUCUGCUUUACUAGAUUUGAGACAAGAUAUGAUUGACCAGAAAGAGGGUGAAACUGAGCUAAAUGUUAAAGUUCACUACGACGAAAUGAGACGAGUGACAACACGUAGACAAAAAUACUUUUACAAUCCUAUAGAAGGCACCCCUUUCUCUUUGGGAAUCGCUAUUCCCGAAGGAUACGGAAUGUACGAGUUAAUAGCAGAGCAAGAGAUAAAGCACAGCCAAAAGAAUGUUACCGAAUAUUUCAAAGGAGAUAACUGGAGGGUACACCCCGAUUGGGUGUAUUGUGAAUAUACGAGUGGGUAUACGGGGGAAAAGUUUAAAACAGCUGAAGAAAGGGUUUUACAUUUCCUGUCCAGAACCAGAAGACCAGGAUGGAAAUGGAUGUCCCUGCGUCCCAGAUACCACAACCAUCAUUCUAGCAAGCAAGAAAAAGAUGCUUAUUUUUGUGACAAAACAUUGCUCCAGUCUUUGGUUUUGGAUGCGAUGGUAACCGAAGAAAUCGAAAGGAGUUCGGCAGAUCCAAAGUAUAACGACCCUUUUGCUACACUUUGGGUACUUUUACUAAGCCAAGGACAUGUAAAAAUGUUCGGACUGCAGCUUUCCUUCAUUGCUACAAGGAGUGGACUUCUAAGGUGGAAAGAUUAUACUAAUAACAGCGCAACGCAUUUUAGUGAACAAAAUGUCCAUGCCACUGACGAAAUUUGGUAUAAACGUGCGGUCGAUCAGCAUGCCAUCGAGGCCGAUAGUUUUGUAUUUUCCGUACCCCAUAACGUUGGGGCAAACAGUCAAACAUUGGUAACGGCAACCCACGCCAUUUUUGUCGAACACAAAGGGCACAGGGCACCUGUGGCUGUAGUUGGCAUGCAAUUCCUACAUUCCGAACUGGCCGACCACUUUUUGGUCAACAUAACUACGAAAUGCUCUGGACCGCUUGCUUGUACAAAAACUUGCAAAAGUGAAGCGCUUGACUGUUAUAUUUUGGAUAACAACGGAUUCAUUAUAAUAUCAGAAAAUCCUGAACACACUGGGAGAUUCUUUGGACAAAUAGACGGAACGAUUAUGGACUCGUUGGUCCAAGAUCGAAUUUACAAGAAGAUACAGGUUUACGAUUAUCAAGGAGCAUGCCCCAGUAGCCGUAUAAACUUUAGCGGUCACAGUAACAAAAUUUCGCCCUUUUUCCCAAUGGUUCAACUUGUUAACUGGGUUUUUAAAGCUGUUACUUUACUUAUGCCAUUUUUGGACAACUUGUACGGAGCGGCAUUCUCGUUUUCGGAUUAUCCAGAACAAGAGUACGAUUUAGAUGGCAAUUACGCGGGUGAAGAGUUUCUAAACGAACCGGAUUCCGCUACCGCCCCUAGCUAUUUCCCUUCGAACCCUUCUUUUGCUAUUCCUCCCACUGAAACCGAUCCUUUGGAAGGAAUCGACAUGAGUCAGUUUGGCGUCAAAAGAUGCGAUCGCAAAGUGGAUCUUUACAAUCUCCAACCUGCUAGAUUAAACACCAGUGGCAUGAGUAAUCCGUUAAAGGGGAAAUUAACCAACUGCCACAGUUCCGGUUGUGAAAGGCCGUUCAGUGUCCAGAAAAUACCACACAGCAAUCUGAUUUUGCUGGUGGUUGACACUCUUUGCCCAUGCGGAAGCAAACAGUUGAGUAUACAACCCCAAGAAAUAUUGUAUGAAAGUAAGGAAUGUCUUCAUAAACCUAAAGACGGGUUGUACAGGAGACGUCCUCCAAAGUGUAUCAAUUAUCAUCCCGAAGAAAUUGAAAUAAAACUUUGUGGAGAAGCAACGGAAAUAGGAGUAAGUUUUGCAGCGAUUAUAAUAGGGUUAAUCCACUGUUUAAUCGCAAGUCUAUCGUGAUCUAUAUUAGAAUAGACUUUUAAAAAUGUAAAUGUCCUAAUUAAAUGUGCGAAUAAGACCAGCCUGAAAAAAAGUUUCAAUGAAUUCUGUGCUUGAUCACGCUCUUUUGUCUUAAUAAUCUAAUUAACUAAAGGUGUCUACUUAUAUGUACUUACCUAUAUCGUCAUUUUGUAUAAGGGAGUUUGAAUAUUAUUCUACAUAUCUAACGAUUGUAUAUUGAAUUUUAAUAAUAUUUGAGAAUGUGAAACUUCAAUGAUUCCUUCAGAGCUAGGUAAUUUUUUAUAUAAUUUAUACGUAACUGUAAGUUUAAAUGUAACGUGUAAAUAAAAAAGAAAGGGACGAUAGCGAAAACAGUUUGAACAAUAAUUUGUUUUUUAGGUACUUAAUUGCUUUAAAGUACAAUCGUGUAUGUAUUAUAUAGAUGCGAAAAUAAUCUGAAUAUUUAAUAAGUAACUUGACUUUUAUUAGGACAAUAACUGUUGAUUUAUUAAAUAUCUAUUAUUUUCAUUAAUAACGCGUUUAAUUCCAUGUGUAAAUAAUACUAGGAUGGAGCUGCUGCUAGGAUAAAAAUUGGUAACUGCAACUUGCAUAAUAUGACAAUAUUAGAUAUCAAAUAUAGUAAAGAACUACUACUAAAUUUUUAACUUUAAACAUAUCACUAAUUUUUUAUUAACUUUCUGCUCUUUUGAUAUAACUUUUUCAUAUUUUUAUCCUAAAGUGAUGUUUACGUAUAAGCAUCUAU